AUGAGUUCCAACGGGAAAUCCGCAUUAUCUGGUGAUUCCUCCUCGGAGAAACCAAAAGGCGUUCAGGCUGAGUACUAUUCCGGACCGAUCAACCCCAUCGACACACCCUUUGUCUCUUCCAGCCACUCAAUCGGCGAGCCCCACUCGAAGCAAGCCAAAGUAGUAGCGUCGGUCUCCUCCGGUCUGACAAAACUCGGCGUACCUGAUUCGAAGAAACCCAGUGCUUUGAGCCAUGAGAUGUUUGAUAAAUGGGACGCUCAAAAAUGGUGGGGUGAGAAUUUUGAGAAAGUCAUGGAGUUAUACAAUGUGCAGCAACUUAAUCAGCAGAGUGUCCCGGUUCCAACCGCUCCUCCUAGAUCCAAAGAUGAGAGCUGCAGCAAGAACAGUCCUGAAACUCCACCUCUAAACAAAGAAUGUCCUGGAAGAAAAGGCUUACUCGCGGCUAACCAAGCAAGAACACAAACACAAAGUCGGUACCACCGUGAUUCGUCUGGUCUUGCAACGACGCCAAAUCUUUCUAGCAUAAGUGGGACCCGAACUGAGACAUCAUCGGUUGAUAUGUCUGCAAGAAGUAGUGGCUCAUCAAGGGAAGAAGAAGAAGAUGGAGAUUAUUCAAUGGAGGUAUCGGUAAGUAAUGCAAGUGACAUGGAAACAGAAUGGGUGGAACAAGACGAAGAUGGUGUUUAUAUCACAAUCAGAGCUUUACCAGAUGGGACUCGUGAGCUUAGACGUGUUCGCUUCAGGUAAAAAAACAAAAACUCAUUACCCUUUCUGUUGCUAAGAAAAGCACUUUACAGCAUAUGGUUCCUGUUGUUGUUGUAGCCGAGAUAGGUUUGGAGAAAUAAAUGCAAGAUUGUGGUGGGAAGAGAACAGAGCUUGGAUUCAACAGCAGUACUUAUGAUGAUGCUCUCUGCAACAAGAAUCUGACAAAACACAAUCAAAAAACUUUUUAAUUUAUUUUUCAAAAAAUGUUUUUACUUGUAGAAGAGCUGUACAUUUUGAUGGAAUAAUACAACUUUUGGUCCAUACCUUACAUAUGAAUUGGACAAUUCACUAUGAUUUUAUUUAAACUAGAGUUGAUGCAUAUUCUAUUAUAUUUUUUAAUGACUAUACAAAAACCUAAUGAAGAAUUUCACAAUAACCGAACAAAUAUGGGAAACCGUAUUCUUCGAUUUAGGUCACCAUAUGAAGAAAUUCUUCACGUAUGAAGAAACCUUAUGAACAAAUUCUUCAUAAGGUAAAGAAAUUUUGAUUCUUUAUUCUUUUUUUUUGUAACUGAGUAAUAAUUUUAUUUAUUCGUCUCUGUUUGUUUUACCCUAUUAGGUAACCUAAUUGGCUUGACUAAAGAGCAGAUAGAUGAUCCAAGUUUAUAUCACAUCACUGUUCAGAAGAAGAGUGAGACUUCAGAGGGAAAUCAGAAGAAGAAGAAAAGCAAGAUCAGGGAGGGAAAUCAGAAGAAGAAGAGUGAGACUACAUAGGGAAAUCAGAAGAAGAAGAAGAGCAAGACCAGGGAAAGAAAUUAGAAGAAGAAGAGCAAGACCAGGGACAGAAAUCAGAAGAUGAAGGGAGUAGAAAUCUCUUUCUGAGGAGAAGGCAUGCUCUUCAUAAUAUUAAUAACUUGUGUGCAAUGCAACCCUUCUUUUCUUUUGUCUGGAUAUUAAAUGUGUUAUGCUGUUUUUGUGUGGAUGUUUACCAGCAACUCAAGACAGAUCAAAAUCUACAUUCCAGCAAUUUGUUCACAGCUAUUCCUAUAGUGGAUCAAAAUCCAAUCUUAUAUACACAUCGAAUAUUCUUGAGGUUUUUCAAUAGUGUUGAAGUCCAUCAGCUCUACCAACUGUACCUCUGUAAUUCCUCUUUUCUACGAUGCUUCUCUCCUGAAUAAUAAAACCAUCACCAGUCUCAAUCUAGCUAACACCUGCUUCUUUCUUUAACCACAGCUAAAUUGCAAUAUUUUAAUUUUUAAUUUUAACCACAAUGCAAAUUUUUUUUUUUACUUUGUAAUAAUUAUUUUGAUCACCAACCCAUUCUGAGAAAAUAGCAGUAUUAUACAAAUACGAGUAUGACAUUAUUCAAACUAAUUAUAUAUAAUGCAAAUACAUCAACUUAGAUGGAGAGGAACAAAAGAAAUCAAAAGAUAAAUGUCCUAAUAUCCUUAAAAGUUAUAAAUUUAAUGGGUUUCAAGCCAAAAGAAACAUUACCAAAAAAAAAUUAAAAAGACUGUUAAUUUAAAAUUUAUUUUAAGUAAACUUAAAUAAAUGUGGUAAUAAAUAUAAUCUUUCAGU